GAAUGGAUCUGGCCAAUAACUAAUCCAGUUUCAUUUCUACUGAACAAUCAAACAAACACGUAACCGAAUUUGAAGCGAUUUUCUUCUCACAUCAAUCAAAAAUGGCGGAACAUUCUUUCAAGUACAUCAUCGUUGGUGGAGGAGUUUCAGCUGGUUAUGCAGCAAGGGAGUUUGUGAACCAGGGAGUUAAGCCUGGGGAGCUUGCAAUCAUAUCCAAAGAAGCUGUAGCACCUUAUGAACGUCCUGCUCUAAGCAAGGCUUACCUUUUUCCAGAAUCUCCUGCUAGACUUCCUGGGUUCCAUACCUGUGUUGGAAGUGGGGGAGAAAGAUUGCUUCCAGAAUGGUACAGUGAGAAAGGGGUACAGUUGCAUCUUAGUACAGAAAUUGUAAAAGCAGACCUUGCUGCAAAAUCUCUGACAAGUGCAAAAGGAGAAACAUUCAAGUACCAGACUUUGGUUAUUGCAACAGGAUCAACUGUUAUAAGGUUGACCGAUUUUGGUGUAGAAGGAGCUGAUGCCAAAAACAUUUUUUAUUUGAGGGAGGUUGAUGAUGCCGACAAAUUGUACGAGGCAAUUAAAGGAAAGAAGAAUGCGAAAGCUGUGGUUGUUGGGGGAGGGUACAUUGGUCUGGAAUUGAGUGCAGUUUUGAGACUCAACAAUAUUGAUGUUACAAUGGUCUAUCCAGAACCUUGGUGCAUGCCAAGACUUUUUACUGCUGAAAUAGCUGCAUUCUAUGAGGGAUAUUAUGCAAAUAAGGGUGUCACUAUCAUUAAAGGAACUGUUGCUACUGGAUUCACCUCUAAUUCCGAUGGAGAGGUAAAAGAAGUCAAACUAAAGGAUGGAAGGGUACUGGAAGCAGAUAUUGUUGUUGUUGGUGUUGGAGGAAGGCCUCAAAUAUCCCUAUUUAAAGGGCAGGUUGAAGAGGAGAAGGGUGGAAUCAAGACUGAUUCCUUCUUCAAAACAAAUGUUUCCAAUGUAUAUGCUGUUGGUGAUGUUGCUACGUUCCCUUUGAAAUUGUACAAUGAGGUGAGAAGAGUUGAACAUGUUGAUCAUGCUCGCAAGUCAGCUGAGCAGGCUGCGAAGGCCAUCAUUGCAGCAGAGGCAGGAAAAACAGUUGAAGAGUAUGAUUACCUUCCAUACUUCUAUUCCCGCUCAUUUGAUCUGUCUUGGCAAUUCUACGGCGACAAUGUUGGUGAGACAGUGCUAUUUGGAGACAACAAUCCUGCAUCAUCAAAGCCUAAUUUUGGAACAUACUGGAUUAAAGACGGGAAAGUUGUUGGUGCCUUUUUGGAGGGCGGAACUCCUGAUGAAAACAAAGCUAUUGCCAAAGUUGCAAGAGCAUUGCCUGCAGUGGAGGAUGUGAAUCAACUUGCAAAGGAAGGCAUUUCUUUUGCCAGUAAAAUUUAAUGAUAUUUUGGGAAGGACAAGUUGCUUGGUGAUUGCACAAAAUAUAUCUGUACUGGCUUCAUUUUACUCUAGGUUAUAUCUUAGGGAACUUAUAUUGUGCUUAUUUGUUUUAUAUAUCAUUGUGUGGCACCUGCUUCAGAGUGUCUUCUACUCAAUAACUCUUGUAAUUUUUGUUUGUUAUGUUUUACAGACUUGAUAUGAGCAAGCCAAAAACCAAAUAAUAAAACUCCUUGCAAAUAAGAUCUUUUCGGCAUUUAGUUU